CUACUACAGUAAUUUAAUUCCACUUAAAUAGGUGGGUUUUUUUUUUUUAUUAUUAUUAUAAAUAGAUAUUUUUUUUUUAUUUUAUUUUGUCAUUUUAUUUAAUUAUAAAGAAAAAAAAUGGUUGCUCUUGUUGUUCCUUCUGAAUACGGUUAUGUUCUUGGUACUGCUAUUGCAAGUGCACUUUAUGUUUUCAGUUUAGGUGUCAAAGUUGGUGCUGCUCGUAGAGCUGCUAAGGUUCCAUAUCCUUAUGUUUAUGCUGAAAAGAGUGAAGCUGAAAAAGACCCAAAGAAGAAUAUUUUCAAUUGUACUCAACGUGCCCAUCAAAAUACACUCGAAGUUUUCCCUCUUUAUAGCACUUUAUUGUUAGUAGGUGGUCUUCAAUACCCUUUAAUCUCUACAGGUGCUGCAGGUGUAUUCCUUUUAGGUCGUAUUGUUUACGUAAGUGGCUAUGCUACUGGUGAUCCUGCCAAGCGUAACCGUGGUGCUUUUGCAAUGCUCGGUCUUCUUACUCUUCUUGGUACUGCCAGUUGUACUGUCUAUAACCUUAUUAUGAACUAAAAUUCAUAAUUCCGUUUUUCUUUUUCUGUAUAUUUAUUUAAUAUUUUGCCUCAUCAAAAAAAAAAAAAGUAAGCGAUAUAAUGAAUGAAAUAAAACGUGUCAAGUUUUGUAUACAAAU